AUGAGUCCUGUUGUAAGGAAAGCAACGCAUGCUGGCAGUUGGUAUUCAGCGGACCGGGAAAAACUUAAUUCCCAGCUUCAGAAAUGGCUGUCUGAUGUCACGAUAAAUCGGCAUUCCGCCCGCGCAAUUAUUUCACCUCACGCUGGAUAUGAUUACUCUGGACCUUGUGCUGCGUUCUCUUUCAAACAAAUUGAUCCUCGUCAUAUCAAAAGAGUUUUUGUUCUGGGUCCUGCACAUUAUAUGAGCCUUAGAAAUAAAUGUGCUCUUUCUACUGCGGAUCUUUUCGAGACACCGUUUUAUUCCAUCCCUAUUGACAGAAAUGUGUUCCAAGAGCUGUCGAAGACUGGUGAAUUCACUGAUUUGCCUCUAAGUCGAGAUGAAGAAGAACACUCGAUAGAGAUGCAAAUGCCGUAUGUAGCCAAGGUAAUGGAGGGCUAUCAGGGCCGAUACACCGUCGUGCCGAUUUUAGUAGGAUACCUAACUCCUGACAGAGAAGCAGUGUAUGGUCAAAUCUUCUCACAAUAUCUUUCAGACCCAGAGAACUUCUUCGUGAUCUCGUCAGACUUUUGUCACUGGGGGAAAAGAUUUCAAUAUACAUAUUACGAUCAAUCCAAAGGAGCUAUCUGGCAAUCUAUCCAGGCCCUUGAUGAGACAGGUAUGCAAAUAAUUGAGCGACUGGCUCCUUCGGAAUUCUCUAGUUACCUGGAACAAUAUGGUAAUACUAUAUGUGGUCGUCACCCGAUUGGCGUCUUGCUACAGACUAUAACAUCUUUGCGUAAUAAAAUGCCAAAUGGUCGAUUCGAUUUGAAAUUUAUACAAUACGCCCAAUCAGAACAUUGUAACAAUAUGAACCAAUCUUCAGUGAGCUACGCAUCUGCCGUCUUGCAAAUAUCUUGA